GACCCCGACCCGAUCCAAGACUUCUGCAUCCCCGAUUCCGGCCCAUCUCCACUACUCCAAACCCACCUCUCCACCUACCCCUGCAAAAACCCCUCCAACGCCACCGCCGCCGACUUCACCUUCUCCGGCGCUAGAUCUCCUUCAAAACCAUCUCCGGACACCGGAUUCGCUGGCCUCUCCGUAACCCCAUCCCUCUUCCCGGCCCUCCACACCCUCGGGAUGUCGUUUGCUCGCGCCGAUUUCGAGCCCGGCGGUGUAAAUCCGCCGCAUUACCAUCCGCGAGCUACCGAGACGGCGUUGGUGCUCGAGGGGAAGAUCUAUUCUGGAUUUGUCGAUUCCGGCGGAAGGCUGUUUGCAAAGGUAAUUACGAAGGGGGAGGUGAUGGUGUUUCCGAAGGCGAUGGUUCAUUUUCAGAUGAAUGUUGGGGAAUCACCGGCGGUGAUAUUUGGGAGUUUUAAUGGUGAGAAUCCGGGGGUGUUUAGGGUUCCGGCGACGGUUUUUGGGGCGGGGAUUAAGGAAGAGUUGCUGGAGAAGGCAUUUGGGUUGAGUAGGAAGGAGAUUGAGAGGCUAGAGAGGAGGUUUGGGAGAAAGGAAGUGGAAUUAUGAGAUUUUUCUCAAAUUUUUAUGUCAAAAUAUGUCUUUAUUUUUAUUAAUUUCUAGCAUAAAAUAUGUCUUCAA